ACUUGGUUAAUAAUUACAUGAAACCUGUCAAUAUGGUUUACGUGGAACAGUAAUAUUUCUACAGAAUUUUGAUGUUUUGAACUGUCUAGAUCAUAUUUUGAGAGUGGAAACACAUCGUCAUGGCUUCCAGAAGUUUAACAGAAGUGUUCAUACUAAUGAGAAAUAAUGCAGCGCAGAACAGACACAUAUAUUCGGACCAUGUCCAUGAUGACAGGAUGGCUCUAGUGAACAGCAUCUCAACUGAUCCUGAUGCAAGUGUAGGAGCUACUAAACUAAACAUUCCCCCAGAAUGGGUAAAUUGCACAGAAGAAAUUCAAUAUGAUAUCACAAGGAUACAGCAGAAAGUGAAGGAACUAUCAUCAUUACAUGAUAAGUACCUGAACAGACCAACAUUAGAUGAUAACAUGGAGGAGGAACAUGCCAUUGAAAUUGCCACUCAAGAAAUCACUCAAAUGUUUCACAGAUGUCAAAGGUCAAUCCAGUCAAUAACAGCCAAAGCGAGACUAUCCUCCAGGCAAGAAAGGAAAGUCACUCAGAAUAUUGUCAAUUCUCUAGCUGGCAGUCUCCAAGAUCUCUCAAUAACAUUCAGAAAAAGCCAGUCUGCAUAUUUAAAACGAUUGAAAGGUAGAGAAGAGCGAUCCAAAGAAUUCUUUGAGAGUAACAUCAAUUUGAAUUCCAGCAGUGCAAUCAUGAUAGAAGAAGACGUGGAAGAUGAUUUACUUUACGAUAGAGGUUUCACGGAUGAUCAAAUGCAAGCAGUAGAAGAAAACACCCAGGUUAUAGAGCAGAGAGAAAAGGAAGUGUCACACAUAGUCCAAUCCAUAUCAGACCUGAAUGAGAUCUUCAGAGAUCUAGCUAAUAUGGUGGUGGAACAAGGUACGGUUCUGGACAGGAUAGACUAUAACAUAGAGAAGUCAACGGUCAAGGUGGAAGAAGGCCUCAAACAACUCCAAAAGGCUGAAAAGUAUCAGAAGAAGAACAGAAAAAUGCUGGUGAUAGUAAUCCUCUUUAUCAUCGUCAUCAUCCUCAUCAUCAUCUUCAUAGCAACCAAGUUAAGAUGACAUCACUACUCAUCAUAUCAUCAUAGCAACCAAGUUGAGAUGACAUCGCUACUCAUCAUAUCAUCAUAGCAACCAAGUUGAGAUGACAUCGCUACUCAUCAUAUCAUCAUAGCAACCAAGUUGAGAUGACAUUGCUACUCAUCGUAUCAUCAUAGCAACCAAGUUGAGAUGACAUUGCUUCUCAUCUUAUCAUCAUAGCAACCAAGUUGGGAUUAACUUGAUACUAGUCUUAUCAUCAGCAUAGCAACCAAGUUGAGAUGACAUCGCUACCCAUCAUAUCUGCAUAGCAACCAAGUUGAGAUGCAGUUGAUACAUGUCUUUUGUCUUAUCAUCUUAGCAGUCAAGUAGAGGGGGUACUGAUACUUAUUGAAUCAUCACAGCAAUCAAAUUUAGAUUUGUUAUGGCAGAUCAACUUUUCAACUGUUAGUAGAGAUGACAUUUCUACGUACAGUACUUGUAACAAAAUUUAUAAACCAACGAAUUGAGAAUUUCCAGUAAAGAUGUUGUAUUUCACUAGGGCUGCAGGCUGGGGUUGAAAUUUGCAUGAGGGAAAUUCUAAAUUUGGAGGUGAAAAUAUGUUUACAGAACAACCUUAUGUAUCCAAUAUAAUAAGAUUUAGAGUAUUUGCGAUCUGUCACCUUUUUUUUCUUCCCCCUUAUCCCUGGUAAUUACAUUCUGUAACCUUCCGCAUCAAAUGUGCAUUGCUUACACAUUAAAAAUCAUGUGUAAGCGCAGGGUUGCUUGGUAAUGCGGUUCGGUACAUAAUACGCUUCUUGUGAUAGAAUAGCUACAGUAUACCUAAUCUGUUGGGUUAUACUCCCCCUCUACUUCACCAUGAGCUCUUUCUAUAGGUGCUAUCCCAUCAUACUGAAGUUCAUGUUUUCAUAGUGGACUUUAUCACUUGGGUUAUUUAUGAUAUUCUACCUAUGAUAAUUAAACCCUUAUGAAAGCUAAUAAAUCUCAGUGAGUUGAUCAGGAAGACCCUUGUCCUUUUAUUCAGUAAGGAACUGUGCUUUGUCCAUUCAUUGUAUCAUAACCUGAAUUUGGUCUAUGAUUUUUGUGUGCUAGCAUCAGAUGUUUUGUUAUUUUGUUUUUAAGGAAAAGAAUGAAUCAUUUUGUAUUCUCACAUUAUAUGUCAUUUGUAUUCAACAAUUUAUUAUUUAGCUGGAAUUGAAAUUGAGAAACAUAAGAAUAUGGAAAUUCAAUAUUAGUAUAGAAUAAGAAAAUUUAAUAAAUUGAUUAAAGGGAUAAAUAUGUGAGCUUAUGGGUGACUGAAGAUGAGGGAGGCUAAUACAAUCAAACUUCUUUCUAUUUUGGUGCAAAGUAUACCGCGGCAUAUGUAAAUGAGCUAUUAGAACUCCCAAUGAUGUUUAGCAGGCAAGUUUACUAGUCACUAAGCAGCAAAACAGUGCUUAUGCCAUCAGAACAAUGCUCAUCAGCUUUUGUUUGAAAUGGCUUCAUUGUACAUUUUAAGUCACAAAAGGCGGCCGACUCACAAUGGCUGAUAACCUUGUACAGGAAAAGAGAAGCCAUGUAAGAACUUGUGCUGAAAGUGUUAAUUCAAUGCACAUACAUGUACAUGCAUUUAUAUGCUCGUGCGCUAAGCGUAACCCUGCAUGAUAUAUAUACAAAUCAUUGGUGCGUGUAUACAUACAUGUAUGUUCAGGUUCUAAAGACGGUGUUAUGCAAAAGUUGUCUUUAAAUAUUAUUGAUACCCAACUUGAUUCAAUCAAGUUAUGGUAUAUAGCCUGACACAAUAGGGUUUCAUUCUAAUUUCUCUUUUCUUAGCUUGCUGAUGUAUCCCACUUCAAAUGGACAGCAAAAACGUGAUCAAAAGCAUGCAGGUUGAAUACAGUCUAUGUUAGUUGAUUGCAAUGUCAUCGAAGAUUGAAUGUAUCUUGCCUUUUAUUUUCCAUAAAAAGGUACUCUUGUCUAAUUUGGUUGUUUAUGAUGAUCGAUCUUAUGAAAUGUCUCUUAUCGUUCCGUGAUUAUUUGAUUGACUUAUUUCCAAAGGGGUUGUAUAUACUAUGUAUAUCUAUGUAAAUUAUAUGUGUAUAUUCUAUGUUUCAAUAUCUAAAUUAUAUGAACAUGACAGAAGCAUUCCGAUUAAUUGAAAAAGAGUUCAAAGAACUAAGCUUUUUUUAUCUGUGAAAUGGAAUUAAUGUUUUCCAUACUUAAUGUUCAUUAAUUUAUUGAGCAGUUUAAUAAAAAUAAAACAAUAUUUUUAGGUUUCUGUUGUGGUCACUUGUCAGUGCCAGAAGCUAGAUAGAACAAACAAAAAACAGAAGUGUUUGUAACUUCUAUAAAAAACAGUCAAAAUUAUAUCCGGUGAAAAUUUUCGACUUAGUUAGUGAUAUAUUGAAUGAGAAAUGAGUUGAGUUGGCAGCGAAUUGUGUCUUGAUAAAAUAAUACAACAUGUGUAAGAGGUUUUUUAUUUAAAUCUUCUUGAUAAAACUUUCUCCCCAACCUUUAGUACAAUGGAAUCAUAAACAGUUACUGUGUAAGUGGCUUUUUUAAUCAUAAAGAGACCUAAAAUAGAGGGAUGUUUUUUUUUAUGUUGCAUAUUAUUAAGUAUUCUGAUCCUGUAUGCAAUAUGUAAUAUUUUAUAUAUUCCCAAAUGGAUUUAAACAAUGAAGUAUCUAUUAACUGAGUGAUGACAUAAGGCCCACCAAUAUUGCCAAAUUAACUACCGAUAGAUAUGAUAUGAUAGAUCUGUAAAGCGCUUAGAGACAUCAUAGAUGUAUUAAGUGCUAUAUAAACGCAGAAUUAUUAUUAUUAUUAUUAUGAUUGCUAACUUAUCUAAUGAUGGUAUCUUGAUUUCGUAAAGGAAAUCUGUAUCCAAACAAAAUACUAUGAAUUCGUGAACAACUUAUGUACUCAACAAAAAGAUAGCCAUUUGUGAAAUUUGUGUUAGAUUCUUUGUAUGUAGCAAAUCUUUGUCAAGUCAAUUGUAUGUCAUGAGUGUAUAGCAUAUUGCAAUAGAUUAUACAAGUGCAAGUACCGAUAGCUGAAAUUCGAGACCUGGGACCCGUUUCACAAAGCCUUUUUUCAAUGACAAAUGACAAAACCAGUGACAAAUCUGCUGAUAACCAAUCAGAAGCAAGGCUUUCAGUAGCUUAUAACAAAAACUGUCAUUUGUCACUGAUGAGAAGUUUUGUGAAAUGGGGCCCUGAUAUACUGUCCUAAAAGCAUGUAUGACAUAUUAUCUGGUGUUACCAGAGCUGGAGAUGACAAGUGGCGGUGAAUUUUCUUGUUAUUGUUGCCACUAUUUCUCCCUCGAUCAAAGGGAGGAGGAUACUUGAUAACUCAGUGGGAAAGCAAUGGUCUUGUAACUUGGAGAUCUUGGAUUCAAGUGCAAGAAUGCAUGAGUGAAUAUGCACUGCACACACGUUAUGUCACAAAAGGAUAGUGAACGAUACUUGUCAACUUCAUUGUCUGUCUCGUGGCGACUUGACCAACCAAGUGCAGUGCAUAUCACUGCACUUAAAAAACAUGUGUAAAAACAUGUGAUGUUGUUGUUGUUAUAAGACAUGAUGCUACAAUAUUAGUAUAAUGUCGAGAAAUUGACCCAAAACCCAAUAAUGGGGGGUUAACACUUUCUAGACUCUCUUAGUGGAGAGGGUAGGAGCACAAAAAGUACCUAAAUUAUUUUCCUGGGAAUCCCAGGAAUCCCCAGACUCCCAAAGGAGGUCUACCAGCACCUUUUAUCCUCUAAAGACUUUUUCUCAGGUUUUGUUUUCCUCACUAGGGGGUUGCAACCAUUAUAGACCCCUUCCCCUGGAUCCAUCCAUUGGAGAAGGUUCUAUUCUUCACCAUGCACAUCCCAUUGCUAAUUUUAAGAAUCAUUUAACAGUCAACCUGCUUUAGUGACCACCUGUCUACAAAGACCACUUUUUGUGUUUUCCUUGGGCGGUCACUAUAACUAGGUUUGACUGUAUGAAGACUCAUUGAUACAGAAACAGAACUAAGUUGAGAUGUGCACAUAUUUUUUUUUUUUUUUUGGUGAUAUACUUAUUUUGGGGAAUAGAUAAAUGAUUAAUGGAGAGGGUAUUUGUUUAUUGGUAGUUCAGGGAUAUGAAUGUCAUAUUCAAUGAGAAUGGUAGCCAUUGUGUCUACAUUGUUGAGUGUAUAAUUGUUGGAAGAUAUACUGAAAGUUUAGUAGCUAAUUUAUAAUAAAAAAGCAUCACAACUUCCAUGUAUGAGAUCGGGAACAUAUAUUUUAACUCUAAUACAAUUAAGGUGUGGAAAGUUAUCAGGAGGAAUUAAUGUUAUGUAUUGAGUAAAGAAGAGUAAAACCAUUUACAAA